UUGUAGGUUAGCUAUGAUGGCAAGCGCAGGUUGACAUCCAUUCAAUGCUGAAUUGACGACUAUUAAAAAAAAAAAAAAGUUGGAGGGAAACCCACGGUGAAUUUAAGAGGUUUAGAUAGUAGACGCUUGAAACGGUUUGGGGAAGGGUAAGUUAACGUAGCUUAAGUAAGUCCAAGUGGCACCCGACUGUGAGCGAGGUAUCGUGUGUGUAUCCUGCUCUAACUUGACUUCUCACGUCAACACACACUCUUGUUUAUUCCGUGGGACGGCUGUGAACAAGAAACAGGCGUGGAAAUGAAAUACACGCCUGAGAGCCAACUGUCUUGCACACGUUCGCAGAUGUUUAGUGUGGAAACUAGCUAGCUGCUAGUUAGCCCAAAGUGCCGCUGCGAGCUAAUGUUAACAGCCGGCUUCCAAAGACACAGCUACACACAGUGUUUGCUUAACUGACACAUUUAGCUGUGCAAGUAAUCAAAAAUGCAUACUGCCUACUGCUCACUAGUGACCGUCAGAGGAUUAUCUAUUUUAACAAUUCAUGUGUGAUGAUUAGUUUGUUGACAUCCAUGCUUCAUUUGCCUUGCCACCUCCUGUGACUGUAAGCAUGUCUAGUGAAUCAAGGAAUCAUUACGAACCGCUUUUUUGAUAAGUAGUUCUUUUUCUGUUUGCAUGUUGUAGUGGCACUAUGCCCGCAGCUACUGUGGAUCACAGCCAAAGAAUAUGUGAGGUUUGGGCCAGCAAUCUGGAGGAGGAGAUGAAGAGAAUUAGACAUGUCAUUCGAAAAUACAACUAUAUCGCCAUGGACACAGAGUUUCCAGGCGUAGUAGCCAGACCAAUUGGAGAAUUCCGAAGCAAUGCUGAUUAUCAAUACCAGUUAAUGCGCUGCAAUGUGGAUUUACUCAAGAUAAUCCAGCUGGGCCUCACCUUUAUGAAUGAGCAAGGGGAGUAUCCUCCAGGAACAUCAACGUGGCAGUUCAAUUUUAAGUUUAACCUCACAGAGGAUAUGUACGCACAGGACUCUAUUGAACUUCUGACAACUGCAGGAAUUCAGUUCAAGAAGCUCGAGGACGAAGGCAUAGAGGCGUUGUACUUUGCAGAGCUAUUGAUGACAUCAGGAGUGGUACUGUGCGAUGGGAUCAAGUGGCUGUCAUUUCACAGUGGGUAUGACUUUGGAUACCUAAUCAAGGUUCUCUCCAAUGCCAAGCUGCCUGAGGAAGAGAUUGAUUUCUUUGAGCUUGUUCGCUUAUACUUUCCAAUCAUUUAUGAUGUCAAGUACCUAAUGAAGAGCUGCAAAAUUCUCAAGGGUGGACUGCAGGAAGUAGCUGAGCAGCUGGAGCUAGAGAGGAUCGGACCACAACAUCAAGCAGGCUCUGACUCUUUGCUCACAGGCAUGGCUUUCUUCAAGAUGAGGGAGAUGUUCUUUGAGGAUCAUAUUGAUGAUGCAAAGUAUUGUGGCCACUUGUAUGGGCUUGGCUCUGGAUCCGCCUAUGUCCAGAACGGAACAGGGAACGCUUAUGAAGAAGAAGCUAACAAGCAGCAGUCAUGACAGCACACUCACACUAUCCUGCAAUUCGCAGUGCGGCCCAGAGGCCAAGCUUGGACACCCGGAUGAUAAGGAAUUGAGGAAUUGCUACAUUUAGCCAGCUGUUUGUCAUUGGUUCUAUUUGUCGUAGACAAUUGAAAUGAUUAACAGUGAAAAGUACCACAGUUGGCCUCACACAUGACACAGCUACGCUGGUGUGAGCUUAAUCUUUAAAUUCCUGCAGAGCACCGCAGGCGUCUGGUUGGUUCAAAACAAUUUAACAUGCUUGAAAAAAUGGGAUUUUAGUUUACUAAAAUAUUCUGUAGAAUUUUUUUGCACUUUAAAGCUCUAACUUGCUUUUAUAUGGAAAGUAUGUAUCUUGAUCUCUCUGCUCUUUGUUGUUUUCUAUACGUUCACAUUUUACAUUGUGAACAUGCAGUGCUCAUGUAAUGUUCUAACAUUUUGCCACACUCAGCCUUAAGGUUUACUGCAUCCUUUUAAACAUUUAAUUUAUUUUGCCAGUUCUCUAGAAAGAGGCACAGUUCUAUGCUAAGAUACCACACUUUACCAUAAUGCCUCAAAAUGAGAAAGGGAGCCCAUAUGAACAUGGAUGGUAUAAUUUUUACAAUCCUGUGCUUUCUGUGCUUGUUUGUUUUGUUAUUUCCACUGAAAAACCCCAAUGUGAGAAGUCUGUCAGCCAUCGUACAUUUUUGCAUGUAUGUAUCUGUGAAAUGUCAAAGCUUAGAUUGGAUUUUUUGUGCACACAAAUGCUAUUGUUCACUUAAGAAGCAUGUGAUUGCAGACAUACUGUAUGCCCACAUGAGGUGACAAUAAUCUCGAAAUUUAAAUGUAAGAAAACUCACCUGAUGUAGCACAUGCAGAGGUUAUCUUUCUAAAAUACUCUGUCGUGAGUACAUUUUCAUUCAUUUUGUUUUAAUGGAAGUUGCUUUUGUAGAGUUUUAGUGUUGUAAUAAAAGAAAAAAAAUACACUUUUACUCCUUGGAAAACACCUAGCAUUUUAACAUACUUUUUUAUUUUUUAUUUAUUUUUUUUGGGUGGUGUUCGUGUGUAGCAUUGGCCUUUGGACGUGAUUGUUUUAUGUUUGUGUUGCUUUCCUAUUCUAAGAUGCUGCAUAGGGGUGUUGUUGAAUAGUACAUUUGUACGUGUUCUGGCAUAUACAGUGGAUAUAAAAAGUCUACACACCCCUGUUUAAAUCCCGUUUUAUUGUGAUAUAAAAAUUGACACCAAGAUAAAUAAUUUCAGAUCUUUUCCCACUAAUGUGACUUAUACUCUGUACAAAUCAAUGGUGAAUAAAAGACAUUUUCAAGAGGGGAAAUAAAAAUAAACAACUGAGGUAAUGUGGUUGCAUAAGCGUGAACACCCUCUUAUAACUGGUGAUGUGUUCAGAAUUAACAACUCACAUUCAAGCUCAUGUUAAAUGUGAGUCACCACACACCUGACAUCAUGACAAUGCCUCUGAAUCACCUCAGAUAAAGUUAAGCUCUUCAAGUAGGCCGUUCCUGACCCUUUUUUUUUUUUUUUUUUUAACACUCACUGGUAUUUGCAACUGUUCUUUAUUCGCUCCACCUUGACUAAGGCCCCAGUAAAAACCCCAAAGCAUUAUGCUGCCACUAUCAUGCGUCACUGCAGGCAUGGUGGUGUUCUGAUGCAGAGCACUGUUGUGUUUGCACCAAAUGUACCAUGAGGAAUUAUGGCCAAAAAUGUCAACCUUGCUUUCAUUGGACCAAAAUACAUUUUCCCACAUGCAGUUCAAGUGUGUUUUCGCAAAAUGUAGCAGUGCGUUGAUGUUUUUCUCUGUGAGAUGACUUAUAUGAUGCCACCUUAUCCCGUAGCCCAGACAUAUGAUGAAAAUGCAAGAUUAUUAUUGUCAUGUUCUAAACAGCUGGUCGGUACUUGCCAGAAAUUCCUGUAGCUCAGCAGUUGCUGUCGGCCUCGUGGUAGCGUCCCUGAUGAAUGUGUGUGAAUGGGUUAAUGUGAGGCUUUGUAAAGCGCUUUGGGGACCAUGUGGUGUAGCUAAAGCGCUAUAUAAGUGCAGUCUAUUUAACAUUCUUGUUAACGUCACUGUUGUACCAUAUGUUUUCCAUUGGAUGAUGACUGACUUCACUGGUACAUAUCAUGCCUUGGAAAUUAUUUUGUACCCCUCCUGAUGAGAUCUCUCUGAUACGGUGGAAGCUCUCUGAGGUUCAUUGCUUGUGCUGGGCAGUUGUGGCCCAAUGGUUAAGAUCAUCACCUGCCACUGUGGCUGUGGAUGAUUUAGGUUCAAGACCUCAACUGGACCAUCCACCAACAUCACCCAGACUCACAGCUGUGGUGUCCUUGAGCAAGAUACUGAUACCCCGGGUGCUUCAGCUGACCCCUGCUCCAGUGUGUUCACUGUGAUGGUAAAAUGCAGAGAACAAAUUUCGUGUGCAUGCAUGUUCAUGACAAUAAAGGUGAUUAUUCUUCUGUAAGAGGUGACUCCAAAAAAUUUCAGGAAAAGCAUUUUAGAACAUCUGAACUUCAUAUUGGGUUAAUGACGAUGGGUUUAACGAUGCUGACUCCCAUUUAAUAUGAGCGUGAAUGUGAUUGGUUAUUUGUAUUGAAACAGUAUUUGCAAACACAGCCACAUCUCCAGUCAUAAGAAGGUGUGCAACCACAUUAUAGCAGUUUUUUUUUUCUUCACCCAAAUAUUUUUUCAAUUGAGUUGUUCAGAUUAUAGGUCACAUAAAUGGUGGGGAAAAAAUGUAAAUAAUUAUCUUGUUAUCAUUUGUUAUAUCACAAAAACUUGCCAUUUGAACGGGUGUGUGGAUUUUCUUACAUAUACUGUAGGUAUGAAUCCAGUUUAGUGUCAGGAUGAUGACUGAUGUUUUUCUUUUCUUGUUUGCAGUGUCCUUGACACUGUAAAGGAACAAGAGUAUGCAAUAUUGAGGAUUGUUUUUAGAUUUUGUUAAUAAAGGCCCAAAGCUUUUAUAA